ACACCCUUAACUAUUUUAUUUGACGGUCCGUCGGCCGUGUAAUCUUCCGAACGAACGGUCGCUCGCAGAGCUUCAUUUUGCGUUACUAAUGGCGCCGAAGAAGAAGCAGCAGCAGAAGGGAAAAUCGGCGGCGGCGACGUCGUCCAAGGGUAAGACGACGGCGUCCUCCUCCGGUCCGAAGCUCCAACUAUCGGCGGAGAAUGAGAACCGGCUGCGCCGCCUUCUUCUCAACUCCGGACGAUCGACGCCGUCUCCAGCGACGGCAGAGCAAUCCCUAUCUAAAGAGCAGAAGGCGAAGAGGCUACACUCUGUCUACGAGAGGUUGUCUUGCGAUGGCUUUAGAGAUGAUCAGAUUGAGCUCUCUCUCUCCGCUCUCAAGGAGAGAGCAACAUAUGAGGUUGCUUUAGAUUGGCUUUGCCUAAACAUUCCUGGGAAUGAGCUUCCCCUGAAGUUUUCUAGUGGUAGUUAUUUGCAUACAAGUGAAGGCACUUUCUGGGCAGGUUCUGUUGGUGUCAUAUCAACUGCUCGUGAAGAUUGGGUUUUUUCAGGAGAUUCUUCCGAAGGUGCGGUUAUGCAGAUGGACGACAAAGUUCCUCUUAUAAUUAAAAAAGAGCGUAAAGAUAAUGAAACACUAGAAUCGGUUCAGCAUUCUCAAGCUGACUGGAUCCGCCAAUAUAUGGAACGGCAGGAUGAGGAUGAAACUGAUUCUUGGGAAACCGAUUCAAUGGACUAUGGUUCUUCAAAGAAGGUAGUAGAACCAAGGAGUGAUUACGAGUCUAUCAUUAAGGAUUACCAUGCUGCUAGAUUACAAGCUGCAAAUGCCAAAGAUAGAGGUGACAAGAAAGGCCAAGAAGAGGCAGGUCAAAUUAUUAGGAAGCUUAAGCAAGAGAUAUCAGCCUUAGGUCUACCAGCUGAUAUAUUGGAAUCUGGAUAUGUGAAUGCUAAUCGUGGAUCUAAGGACAAACUUUCAAUUGCAAGGCCUUCAGAAAACUCUGAUGGUGAUUCUGUUGGUGGUGAUACAGAACAUGAAACAACUCACACUGAGUAUAAGGAUGAAGUUGAUCUAAAAAAGGCUAACACAUCUGGGUCACAUGAAUCCUUGGUGGAUUCUUCUCCAACAGUUACCCCAACACCAAAUGGAGAAGCUUUGGAAACAGAAUCAGGUGAUGUAGAGCUUGGUGGUUUCUUUUUGGAAGAGGGUGGGUCUGAUGAAAUACCCGCUGAAAUAUUGGAACUUCAGAAAAAGGAAAAGAUGAAAGAACUGUGUAGUGAGAAGAAUUUAGAGAAAAUGGAAGGAAUCUGGAAGAAGGGAGAACCAAAGAAGAUUCCAAAGGCUGUUUUUCAUCAACUUUGUCAAAGAUCGGGAUGGGAAGCUCCAAAGUAUGAUAAAGUUGUUGGGAAUGGGCAUAAUUCUGGUUACUCAAUUAAUGUGCUUCGGAAAGCUAGUGGGAGGGGUAAAAGUAGGAAAGCUGGAGGGCUGACAACUAUCCAGCUUCCAAGCCAGGAUGAAAGUUUUAGUACAGUGGAGGAUGCACAAAACAGAGUUGCAGCUUAUGCACUCCAUUGUCUCUUUCCAGAUCUACCAGUUCAUCUAGCACUUUCAGAACCAUAUGCUACUCUAGUACUAAAGUGGAAAGAAGGGGCAUUGCUCACUAAUGUAAGCGACCGAUCUACCGAUAGAAGGGCUGGUUUUGUGGACUCAUUGUUGAAUGCCAAGAAGGUUGAACACAAGGUUGGGUCUAAUUCUGUGGAUGAAGUUAACGAAGACUUGAUUCCAAUGGCAUCAAUGGUUGAAGAUAUAGCGAGUGAAAUCGAUCACAGUGCUGAAAGCAUACAGGGAAAUAUGCAUGCGGAAAACAUUUUUCUGAAGAAGGAACAAGAACUCAAGAACAACACAAAUAAAUACAAGGAGAUGUUGCGGUGUAGAUCUAGCCUCCCUAUUGCUGAGUUGAAAGAUGAAAUCUUGCAUUUACUGGAGGAGAAUAAUGUAGUGGUAAUAUCUGGAGAGACAGGCUGUGGAAAGACUACUCAGGUCCCCCAAUACAUAUUGGAUAAUAUGAUUCAAGCAGGAUGUGGUGGUAACUGUAACAUAAUUUGCACUCAGCCCAGAAGGAUUGCGGCGGUUUCAGUUGCUGAAAGGGUUGCUGACGAGUGUUGUGAAUCUUCUCCAGGAUCAACUGGUUCUUUGGUUGGUUAUCAAGUUCGUCUAGAUAGUGCAAGGAAUGAGAGAACUAAGCUUCUUUUCUGUACAACUGGCAUUCUUUUGAGAAUGAUAUCGGGAAAUAAGGACUUGGCUGGUGUUAGUCACGUCAUAGUUGAUGAAGUGCAUGAGCGAUCUCUUUUGGGCGACUUUCUGCUCAUUGUUUUAAAGAAUCUGAUUGAAAAGCAAAGUACCUGUGGCAAGCCAAAGUUGAAAGUUAUUCUGAUGUCUGCAACUGUUGAUUCACACAUGUUUUCACGUUACUUUGGUAAUUGCCCUGUAGUAACUGCUCAGGGGAGGACACAUCCUGUGACAACCCUGUUUCUUGAGGAUAUACAUGAAAAGCUGAACUACCGCCUUGCUUCAGAUUCUCCAGCCUCUAUACACAAUGGAAUGUAUGGGAUAGAGAAGAGUGGUCUAGUCGGCAACAAGAGGGGAAAGAAAAAUCUCGUCAUAUCUGGAUGGGGUGACGAGUCCCUACUGUCUGAAGAAGUUGUUAAUCCCUAUUAUGAUAAAAGUGAUUAUACAAAUUAUAGCGAGCAAACUCGCCAAAAUUUGAGAAGAUUGAAUGAAGACUGCAUUGAUUAUGAUCUUCUUGAGGAUCUGGUUGGCCACAUUGAUGAAACUUUUGCUGAGGGUGCCAUCUUAGUCUUUUUACCGGGUGUUGCAGAAAUAAAUUUGCUAGUAGAUAAACUUGCAGCUUCUCGCCGAUUUGGUGGAAGUUCAUCUGAAUGGCUUCUUCCUCUACAUUCAUCUAUAGCACCUGAAGAUCAAAAGAAGGUGUUUCAAAAACCUCCCAAUAACAUUCGCAAGGUUAUAGUUGCAACUAAUAUUGCAGAAACAAGUAUAACAAUAGAUGAUAUUGUAUAUGUUGUGGACUGUGGAAAGCAUAAAGAGAAUCGCUAUAAUCCUCACAAGAAACUCUCAAGCAUGGUUGAAGAUUGGAUAUCUCAAGCAAAUGCUAGGCAGAGGCGAGGAAGAGCUGGACGCGUGAAGCCGGGAUUAUGCUUUUCUUUAUACACACAUCACAGAUAUGAAAAACUAAUGCGGCCAUACCAGAUUCCUGAGAUGAUGCGAAUGCCACUGGUAGAGUUAUGCCUGCAAGUAAAAUUGCUUUCUCUUGGAGGCAUAGAACAGUUUUUGUCUGAGGCCUUGGAACCUCCAAAGGAAGAGGCCAUUGCAUCAGCAGUUUCUUCACUUUAUGAGGUUGGUGCCAUUGAAGGAAAUGAGGAGCUCACACCUCUUGGUUAUCAUCUGGCUAAGCUACCUGUUGAUGUGUUGAUUGGAAAGAUGAUGUUAUAUGGCGCAAUAUUUGGUUGUCUAUCACCCAUUCUCACUAUAUCAGCAUUUUUGAGCUACAAGUCACCCUUCGUGUAUCCGAAAGAUGAGAGGGAAAGUGUUGAAAGAGCAAAGUUAGCUUUACUGGGUGAGCAGACUGCAAUUGUUGCGCCUGAUGGCGGUCGGCAAUCUGAUCAUCUUUUAAUGCUGAUUGCAUAUCAAAAAUGGGACAAGAUCUUAAGUGUGAAUGGAGUUAAAGCAGCCCAAAAAUUCUGCAGUUCUCAUUUCUUGAGUAGUUCAGUGAUGUACAUGAUAAGGGACAUGAGGAUACAAUUUGCUACAUUACUGGCAGACAUUGGGCUGAUAGAAAUUCCAAAGAAUUAUCAGAUUGGCUGGAAAAAGAAAGAGAAGCUUGAUAGUUGGCUUUCAGACAUUUCACAGCCAUUCAACCAAUAUUCAACCCAUUCAGUUGUGGUAAAGGCAAUACUAUGUGCUGGCCUGUAUCCUAAUGUUGCCACCACCGAAGAAAGCAAUGCUGGACGUCGCCUUGUGUGGUUUGAUGGAAAAAGAGAAGUUCACAUACACCCUUCUUCCAUCAACAGUAGCCAAAAAACUCUUCAGUAUCCUUUCAUCGUCUUUCUUGAAAAGGUUGAGACGAAUAAAGUUUUCCUGCGAGACACAACUGUUGUUUCCCCGUACUCUAUUUUAUUGUUUGGUGGAUCAAUCACUGUUCACCAUCAGACCGGAUUGAUCAUUGUUGAUAAUUGGAUAAAAAUGGCAGCACCAGCACAAACUGCUGUUCUCUUUAAAGAACUCCGAAUCACUCUUCAUUCUAUUCUGAAGGAACUCAUUAGCAAACCACAGAAGUCUGCAGCAGGAAACAACGAAGUCAUCAAAUCUAUCAUCCACUUAUUUCUCGAAGAAGAUAAACCGACCAAGUAACUCCUGAUGCCAGUGGCCAGGCCAAUUGUUUCCAUCCUAUGGUAGUUUAUUCACAGUUCUUGAGGAUGAGCAAAUACAAAAUAAUGUGGCAAAUUUUCUCAAAAUUCCCAUCAUUCAGGUUUAUAUUUUAUGUGUAAUUUUAAGAUUUAUUACCAAUUGUGGCAUGUAAUCAUAUUAGAAGAUCGCAUAAGAAGGAAGCAAGCAAUCAAAAGUGGUGUUUAUGGGAAAGCAUUAGAUUGAUUUAGUAUAGAAAUUGUUUACAGUAUGCAGUAAUAGCAUUGAUAAAUAUUUGUGGGCAAA